UAAAGGAUCAAGCGUUACAAGUAAGUGGGUGUAGUGAGGUACUCCUAAAGUCCAAACAAGAAAACUUUAAGCUAUAUACAUCAUGGUGGACUCCUUUUUUGUGGACCCUUCGAAAAAGAAGCGGAGAAAUAAGGAUAACCGAAACACAUCAACAGUCAGAUCUAAUCAAAAAAGACAGAAAACACCUGCAAACAAUAGUAGAGCGCAACAUUCGAAACAUGCCUCAGGAAACAAGCACAGAAGCACAGAAGAUGUGGAAAGCGAAACUGAAAGUGUCGACGAUGUAGACGAGGAAGAAGUUGAUAGUGAUGUUUUUGCCGAUGUAGGCGACGAUGAGGUCGAAGACAUAGACGAAAACAUUCAGUCUGACGAAGAAGAGGAGUUCAAGAAUGAAAGUGAGGCUGACAAAAGACGUCGAUUGGCCAAGAAGUAUCUAAAAGACUUGAAAGCUUCGUUGGGUGCAGAAGAAGGAGGCGAGAACGGUGGCAGUGGUAACUAUGAUUUCAACGCAAAGGAUUUGGAUGACGAAAUCAUCAGUUCAAGAUUGCGCAAAGAUGUUGCAGAACAGAAAGGGUGGGUCUACAAAUUUUAUUCCAAAGAAAUCGACGAACUUCUUAAAAAGAAACUUACUCGAGUGCCAAACAAAUGCUUGACAUCGGUCAGUGUCAGCUACCCGUACUUAUUUACCACAUCCAAAGAUAUUGAAAUCAGUAAGUGGGAUAUCAGAGACCCUACCAAGAAUCCAAAGAUUUUAAAGACUGUGAAAGGAGGGCAAGAAUUCGAAGAACUCAAAAAAGAGCACGCAGAAAAUGGGCACUAUGAUGAAAUAUACACCAGUGCUGUGAGUCCGGAUGGUAAGUAUUUGGUGACUGGUGGUAAGGAUGGUCGAAUCAUUGUUUGGUCAGUUAACAGUUUAUCUUGCAUUAGAGUCUUAGAAACUAAAAAUAGGAAAGGUGAAGUUUUAAGUUUAACAUUCCGAAGAAACUCAGAUCAAUUGUACGUGGCGUGUGCUGAUCUAAAGAUCCGUACUUACAGUAUCAACCAAUUAGCACAACUAGAGACUUUGUACGGACACCAAGACCUUGUUGUCGAUAUUUCUGCUCUUGGACUCGAAAGAUGUGUCACAGUUGGUAGAAGGGAUCGUACAGCUAUGCUCUGGAAGAUUGCAGAUGAGACAAGGUUAACUUUCAGAGGUGGUGAUUCUCAUGAGAAAUAUGGCAAGAAGAAAAAGCAUAACGGAAAUGAGGAGAACUCCAAAAGUAGUGGCACCGAACCAGAAGAAAAGAUAUAUUUUGAAGGAAGCAUUGAUUGUGUGUCAAUGAUUGAUGAUUCUCAUUUUGUGACCGGUUCUGACAAUGGUAACAUAGCAUUGUGGUCUUUGAACAAGAAGAAACCAUUAUUCACUAAGAGAAUAAGUCAUGGCAUUCAACCUGCAUCCAAAGCCGAUCAUGCAAGUGCUGAAGUAGAUCAACCACUUGCAGAGGCACAAAUUCCAGAACCUCAGCCGUUCUGGAUAACGAGCAUAUAUGCUAUUCCGUAUUCCGAUAUCUUUAUUAGUGGUUCAUGGGACGGAAGCUUGAAGAUCUGGAAACUUGACGAGUACUUGAGGGGCUUUGAACUUUUAGAAAGUAUUGAAGUGAAUGGUGUGGUAACCAAAAUUGCAUGCCAUGAAGACACUGAAAACGAGCAGCUAAGAAUAUAUGUCACUCUUUCAAAGGAACAUAAGUUCAGCAGAUUUAUCAAGUCUCUACCUGGCUCCAGAAAUGUGCUGUUUACCUGUAUAUUCAAUUUGAAAAAGUAAAGCAUGUAUAAUACAUUUAAACAGUUGAAAUAAAAUACAUCUACUAUUAACGAUUAGGUAAAAUAAAUAAAUCAUUUAAAACUGG